AUGCGCAAGUAUGGGGACUUUCGCGUCGUUGACACUCCGAUCACGGAAGCAGGCUUUUGUGGUAUGGCAGUUGGGGCUGCAUUCGCUGGACUUCGCCCCAUCUGUGAAUUUAUGACUUAUAAUUUCUCAAUGCAAUGCAUUGAUCAAGUUAUUAACAGUGCCGCAAAGACGUACUACAUGUCGGCAGGCCAG